UGCAAUCGCAUCACGCGUCCAUCCCAUUAUCCUAUCGCAUUAGGAAUUUUACUAAUCAGCGGCCGGAAUUCUCGCUGUACAGUUUUACGAUCACAUUGCAGAGAUUAAAUAGUGUUACGUUUGGGACACACGGUUCGGACAGAUCACUCUACAGAGAGAUCAGACAGUGUCGUUCGGGACUCGCAGUUCGCAGAGAUCACUCUAGAGAGAGAUCAGACGGUGUGGACAUCGGUGUGAUCAGUCGGCCAGUGCUAGGAUGGUCAGGAGGCGAGCGUGCGUGCGAUGAGCGGCGCGCGCUGAGGCUGGCGCACGACAUGGGCGGCGCGGGCUGGGCGCGCGACGCGCCCGCGCUGCUCAGCACGGCGCUGCUGCUGGCCGAGCGCCCGCCGCCGCCGCUCUUCACCAUCGACAGCAUCCUGGCGCCGCGCCCGCCGCCCGCGCCGCCGCUGCAGCUGCACCAGCUGCACGCGCCCUUCCACCGCGCGCACGACCUCUUCGGUGUGGGCAGCGCAGUGUCGUCGGGCUACGCGGGGCUGUACGGCGGGUAUGCUGCGGCGGCGCUGGCUGGGCUGGCGGGCCCGCCGCCCAAGCGCAAGCGGCGCCACCGCACCAUCUUCACGGAGGAACAGCUCGAGCAGCUGGAGAGCACCUUCGACAAGACGCACUACCCCGACGUGGUGCUGCGAGAGCAGCUCGCGCUGAGGGUCGACUUGAAGGAGGAGCGGGUAGAGGUGUGGUUCAAGAACCGGCGCGCGAAAUGGCGGAAGCAAAAGCGCGAGGAACAAGAGCGGCUCCGCAAGUUGCAGGAGGAGCGAGCUUGUGGGCGCGCGCUGGCGUCGCGAGCAAGGCUGUCGCCCGCGCGCCCUCCGCCGCCCGCACCGCCUACCCCGCGACCCUACACUGACGACUCCGAGGACUCUGACCUUGAAGUUGCCUAAGUGCUAACAAAGUGCAAGCAUGAUACAUAACUCUAAAGUGCAGUGCAAGAGUCCCCAACGACUCCAAGAACUCUAAACUUGAAUUCGCCUAAGUGCUAACAUGAGAAAUAACUCAAAAGUCCAGCGCAAGAGUCCCCGCGACCCUAUACCGACGGCUCGAAGGACUCUGACCUUGAAGUUGCCAAACAUGAGAAACGACACAAAAGUGCAGUGCUAUAGUGUUUAACUUUAAAGUGUUAACGUGAAUAAUGACUACAUUCAGUUGACGCUCGUUUUAAAAUUCGAACAUAUAUUCGAAAGUGCACAAAUAUAUAAACUUUUAAGGACAAUGUUCUAUUUAUAAAUAAAAAAAGCUUCUUAAGACAUAAAACGAGUAAACCUACCUACUUCAAGAAAUAUUUUUUCUGUCUGUAAAUAAUUUUAGCUAUGCAAGUGGAUACUCCAAUUGUCUAAAGUCUAAGCCAUUUCUGUAUAGUGAUUCUUAAGUUAUUGAUUGUACCUUCUACUUAGAUAAGUUGUAGUAAAAUCUGUCCAACUUUUGUGUGAUUAUAUUGUAGAUCUAUUAGAUUUACUACUAUAUAGACAAGUACAUACAUUACUAUCCAUCUAGCCUUAUGCAUAUUACUUACAUUAUAUAACUUUAGUUUGUACAUUUAUAUUUUUUACUCGUAUAAUAUGAGAAGGGCGAGUACUACAGAAUAAUCAACUGUUUAAGUGCUAGAUUUGCUGGUCGUUUCAACUAAGCCAUGUCCCGCAAUACUAUCCGUAUGGUCUCCUCCUCCGUAAGUCGUAAACCUCGUGUAUGAGGGUCGUGACUCGUGACCACCUCCACCUCUGAACUUUGACCUUAAGAUCUUAUGCUAUCUAGUUCUAUCUCCGGAUAUUCGGAGAGCAUCGCAGACAGACUUGACUUUGACUUGAGUGUAUUGCGGACCUGCAGGGUUAUUAUGUGUCUCGGCGUACCAUUCAAAUAAUAAGUCACUACAUUGUUUUUCAUCAUAUUUUCGUUUAUCAUCUAACAUCGUAUUCUUUACGAAAUCACAUAAGUGUAUUCAUUUUACGUAAAGUAGCCGUAAUAGUAGUGGUAGUAGCAAGUAGAAUCAUUAUUUUGAUGAAAAACCGUAUUACACCGUAUUUACGUAAUUUCGUUGAAAUAAUUAUGUAACAUAAUCGUAAAAUGAAAAAAUCACUGCCACUUGACGUAAAACUACGUAAUCAAGAUCAUUCCGUUGAAAUAUCUAUGUUAGAUGAUCACAAUUACGAAAAUACGAUGAAAAACGAUGUAGUGACUCAUUGUUUGAACGGUACACCGAGAUAAAUAAUAACCCUGCCAGCCUGCUGGUCAGAACAACGCAUCGGGCUGCGACCUCGCUGUCUUUUUCCUGCCACCUUGCCAGUAACAACAAUUUUUUCCAGAUUUUCUCAGUUUUUCCUGGCAAUGAGUCCGAAGUACUCUUGAGCUUGGCAAGAAUAGAUGCGUUGAUCCGGAAUGCAGUCCAUGGAAUCCGAAGCAUUUUCCUCUAGCAUUACAUCUCGAAAGCGUCAAUCUGUUUGAGGUCUGCAGAUUUUAGAGUCCACGUCUCAGCCCCAUAGAGAAAAAUGGAGAAGACGAGUGUACGCACAAGUUUUUAUCGUUAAUUUCGGCGAGAUGUUACGGUAUUUCCAUGUUUUGUGUAGCUGAGACAUGGCACUCUUGGCCAUCCCAAUCCUUCUAUGGUCCGUAUGGUCAAGUGCCUGUAAUUGCCAGAUCUUCGUGAAUUUUAAAAGCUGAAGUUUGUCAGCACAUGCUAACACGAUAUUAAGUACCUACCCACUAUUAUGAGACCGUUAAGAAUUUCCAUGAAGCAAUGUGUCUUUAACAGCAUAUUGAGGAAGUGAAUUCUCAAAUAUAAAAUUUUUUGCCCUUUGAAAUCUGCUGUGUCCUAUAUCUACCUAUCUAAUGGUAUUAACAAUGGACUGAGAAACUUACAGCUUUUAUAAACGACGAAAGACUGAUCGUCAUAGGCACAACGUUGUUUGUCCUCGACAGACAGGAGUCUUAUAAAUUAUUUAACCAAUCUUCGCACACCGUGUGAUCCAACUUGAAAGAUAGGAUAGCUUAUGGGUAGGGAAAAAGUAAGUGCACAUAAGUCAAGAUCGGAUCCGCUAGUUACAUUAUACCUAACGUAAAGGAAGCAGCAACAAGUACAUAUAUUUUGUCAAGGCGAUUAAAAAUUAGUAUUUUGUGAGUAGAACAAGCAUUAUUCGAUUGUUUGUGCCAUCAUUCCAUUUAAUGUUUAGAUAAUACUUAUGAUAGUCCAUUUUUAAAUAUGGAUACAGAAUACAUAUUUGUUCUAGACUUACCUACUAUGUGGUCAAGGAAAUUUCAGUAUCGACUAAUAAAACACAUUGUAUAUAAUAACUAUUACAAUAUAAAUUAUCGUAACUAUUUUUAUUGUUAGGUAUACGUUAGAGGCUCGCUAUAAAUUAUUAUGUUAUUAAAGCUUACAAAUGAAAAUUUAGCUGAUAGGUAAUCUGGUAAAGGCAAAAUUAUAUUUUUUUUCUAUCUAGAUCUAAAUUGAACAUUUUUAUUGGCAUACACAUUUGGUUUACUAAUAUAGAAUUAACUUAUAGGUAAAUUACGCCAUCAAAUAAACACUAAAACUGAAGCCUAGCUUUCGGCUUUUUGUUAUAGUUGUUAAAUUUACGAUAU